CAGACAGAGGCACGAGCAAAGGCAAACAAAAAAAUCGCCGAUAAAGAAAAAAAAAAUUCAAUCUAAGCAAAGCAACAACAACAACCCUAGAAAUUCCCCCAAAUUCAUUUCCCAAAACGUUCAAUUAUUACACGCGAAAUCGGAGACAGCGAUUCGUCCAGCCGAAGAAAGAAGGAAGACGAAGUAGAAGCAGAAGAAGAUAAAGCGAUUUGGACUUCCCGUCGGUUUGUCUCUCGAACCGCCGCAUCUCUUCUGGAAACCCCUGCCGCCGCCGCCGUCAACGACCCCCGGCCCCCCGAGUUCGCUCCUUACUAACCCUUUCCUGCGCGCCGAGUCCCGAGUUGGAAAUCUCGCUUCUUUGCCACCGACCAGUUCACCGGAGUUAUCAAACUCUUUAUUUCCGCCUCUUGUCUCUUUCGCGUUUUCCUAUCGCCGAUUUGUGUUUGUUUUAAUCUCUGAAUCGGCGAGGGGCGGAAAGGGUUUUGGACGCCGGUUCUGUGCCGUCGUCUCGUGUUUUUUUGCUACUUCGCGACUUCGUUUUCUUCUCCUUUAGCAAUGUCGGGUUCCGGUGGAGUUACGACGGCCAGAGCCCGCGGAGACGGCCGAUUCUACGUUUCUCCCGCCAUGCGCAAGCCUCAUGUGCAGCUUCAGCAACAGCAGCAGCGAAGGAGGCAUCAGCAGAAUAGUCAGCAGCCGCAGCAGCAGCAGCAGCAGCAGCAGCCGCAGCAAAGGUAUCAGCCGCAGCAGCAACAGCAUCAGCAGCAGCAGAAGCCGGCGAAUCCACCGAUGAAUGGUACUUCGCCUGAGAUCGAGAAGCGGGUAGACGCCGAUCAGUGCCGUUCCUCUUCUACUUCCUCCACCGCCUCGAAUUGUUCCGUCCCUGGGAGACCGAGUACGGACGGUAUCCACACCAAUUUGGAUCGGUUCUUGGAGUUCACCACUCCCGUGGUUGCUGCCCAACUGCAACCUAAGACUAGCGUUAAAGGAUGGAGAAGAGGUGAGGAGCAUCACCAACACCCCUACUUUGUUCUGGAUGAUUUGUGGGAGUCUUUGAAGGAGUGGAGUGCAUAUGGUGUUGGUGUUCCCCUUCUUUUGGAUGGCAGUGAGACUGUCAUCCAGUAUUAUGUCCCUUACCUCUCCGGCAUUCAGCUGUAUAAGGAUGCCUCAAAACAAUCCACAAGGCGAAGGCACGGUGAGGAUAGUGAUACAGAAUCUUCCAGGGAAACAAGUAGUGACAGUAGCAGCGAUUAUGGAGGAGCAAAGCAUGGUGCACGGGGGCCAUGGAACCAGCAAAAUGGCGUUGAUUCUAAUGUUCCAAUUCCGAAUGGACUUCCCUUGAGAAGUAAGCCGUCUAGGGGAUCAUCUAGUGACGAAAAUGACAUUUCUAAUAACCCUGGCCAACUCAUCUUUGAGUAUAUGGAGCAUGAGUCACCUUUCCACCGCCAGCCAUUGGCAGACCAGAUUGCAGUCCUUGCUUCUCAGUUUCCAGAGCUCAAAACAUGCAAAAGCUAUGAUCUCACUCCUGCUAGUUGGAUGUCGGUAGCUUGGUACCCAAUCUACAGGAUACCUACUGGUCCAACAUUACAAAAUCUGGAUGCAUGCUUUUUGACAUUCCAUUCUCUAUCGACACCUUCUGCCUUUCAAGGUCGAAACACAGAUGGAAUACCAAUUAAUGGCACCCGGAUGGAUGCUCAAUCCGCCGACAUGUCCAAGCUAUCGCUCUAUAGCUUUGGUCUCGCCUCUUAUAAGUUGAAGGCUUCAUUCUGGAUCCCAAAUGGAACUUAUGACUGUCCGAAAGUGAAUUCACUUCAGCGUGCCGCUGAAACCUGGCUACGGCUUCUGCAAGUGAAUCAUCCGGACUACAUGUUCUUCGUCUCCCACAGCUCGAGCUGGAGGUGACAGAGGGUUCCCUGUUGGACCGUUUAAGAUCCUUGAAAUUCGGAAAAGGUAAUGGCACUACACCUUUUUAAUAUCCUGGAAGAGACCCAUUUUGAUCGCACAUUGCUCUAUGUUUUUUUGGCUCCAUUGUUAAUGUUGUCACUUCUUGUUUGGGGGGAGGAAGAAAAACUAUAUAUCGUUAUGGUGUUUGUCUCCAGGAUUUCUUCUUCUGAAGCUUGAAAAACUCAUAUGGGUGAUGAAAAGAGUGUCUGCCUUUGUAAUAAAAAAGGGCCAUAGAACACCAUGUGUAGUUUUAUAGCUUUUGUACACAUGGUAUCUCUCCUAUUUGGAGAUGAUGAUACAUAAGGUGAUUUCCCCUGGAUUGAUGAGUUUGUGGUCUGCCCUGUGGGCAGUCGACUGUACAAUAUAUGGGAAACCUAUAAACUUCUCCUGUUUCUUACAUCCAAUAAGGUUUAGCUGAUGAU